UGGCAGACAAUCUUGCGCCAACUCAGGCCAGAAUGCGAUGUCUCAAAGAUGAAGGAAGACGAACUUCUGGAGAGCAUUGUUCGAGUGUUGGAAACACAAAAGGCUUUGAUAGUCAUUGACGAUAUAUGGAGAAAAGGAGACUGGGACCGAAUCAAGCCCGUCUUUCUGCUAAAAAAAGGAUUGAAGGUUUUACUUACUUCUCGCAAUGAGGAAGUGGCCUUACAUGUAGACGAACAAUGUGUCCCCAUCAAACCAGAAUGUCUAACUUCUGAAGAAAGUUGGGAUCUUUUUCAAAGAAUAGCAUUUCCUGUUAAAGACAGAGCUGAAUUUAAGAUUGAAGAAGGCAUGAAAGAAAUCGGUAUGGAGAUGAUUCAACAUUGUGGAGGUCUACCACUGGCUCUUAAGGUGUUAGGCGGGUUGUUACGUAAGAAGUACACA